ACCCCGUCCCAGUGACGCCUAUGAGCAGAUACUUCCCGGGGCUAUUUAGUCUGGUGGGGUGAUCUACGGUUUGUGUAAGAAUUUGAUCAUCCGAGGAGUGUCUGCAGAAAAGGGUUAGCUAUGUCGUCCUUGAUCCGAAAGGUGAUUAGCACCGCGAAAGCCCCAGGGGCCAUUGGUCCUUACAGUCAAGCCAUGCUGGUCGACAGGACCAUUUAUAUUUCAGGACAGCUAGGCAUGGACCCUUCAAGUGAACAGCUUGUGCCAGGCGGGGUGACAGAAGAAGCUAACCAAGCUCUUAAAAACAUGGGUGAAAUUCUGAAAGCUGCAGGCUGUGACUUUGCUAACGUUGUAAAAACAACUGUCUUGCUGGCUGACAUAAAUGAUUUCAAUGCUGUCAAUGAAGUCUACAAACAGUAUUUCAAGAAUAAUUUUCCUGCUAGAGCUGCUUACCAAGUUGCUGCUCUGCCCAAAGGGGGCCGUGUUGAGAUUGAAGCAAUAGCCGUCCAAGGACCUCUCACGACAGCAAGUCUGUAAAUGGGCCCCAUGUUCUUCAGCCUGGAAUUUUCAUAAUACUUUUAAAUUAACAGCUUAAUUUUUAUAAUUGAUGUUGGAAAGUAUAAGUUUGACUAAAAUAUCUGAAGUUUAUUAUGUAAAUACCAUAUAAUAGGGGGAAUUGAACAUGAAUUGAAGAUUGGAUGAGCAAUUCAAUGAUGGAUGUUAUAAAUUACAUUUAGGCACACUGAUAUUACUGAAUGUGAAAGUUCAUUCAUUACAUAGUUAAACAAAAGUAAAAGGAAACACAUGUAGGAAAGAUGAGUUACUACACCUGAGAAAUAAUAAAGAGCACUUCUAAUUUAAUGAAAUACUAUUAAUUUAAUGAUGUAACAUAUGUUUAGUUCUCAUGUCAGAUAUGUGAUUCUGCUUUUACUUGAGUAAAAUUAAACUUAGAGUUUAAAUGGUAGAGAUAAAGGAGAAGUGGACCAAAAUUGUAUAUAGAUAAUAUUUCUCUAAUGGAAAUAAAAUAGACUUGCAGAUUUUCCUUGAUGUAAUUCUGUUCAUUUUAACUGUUUCAUUAUACAUCAAAAUAAAUUACCUAAUAAAAAGGGAGGAGGGGAAGAUACAUGAAGUUAAAACUAAUAUUUCUCAAGGUUUACUUCUGACUUUGUGCAUUUUUACACUGUUGUAAACAGGCCUUGUAUACCCAUUUUAUCUUUGUUCUUUAAAGUCUUUUAAAAUUUUAAAGUAACUACUACAUGAAUACCUCCUCACUGUAGAAUAAAUCCCAACACAGAAUUAAAUGGAUCAAAAAGUAAAAAGUUCCUUUUAUUCAUCCCCAUUCCCCUUAUUUCCUCAGAGAUAACCACUGCUAAGAAUUUUGUGCACAACCCACCAGAUAAUUUUCUGUUUAUUUCUAGUUUAGUUUUGGCUUGUUUAUUACAUAACAGAACUUGUAUAUAUAUUCUACAGAUUUCUUCCUUCUGUCUUGCAGAUCUUUCCAUAUAAAUACAUAUAGAUCCACUUCAUGUUUUAAACUGCUGCAGAGUUCUUUUGUAGGGAUAUACCUUAAGUGCUUUAACCAUUCUCAGAACAAGUCAUUGUUUUAAAUUAUCAUAUUACACACCAGUGCUGCCGUAACAGUCUUACAUACACAUAGAUUUUUUUCAGAUUAUUUUAGAAAUGUCAGGCUAAUCUGAAAGCUGUGUCAAUCAGAAGAUAAUUAUUAGAAGCAGUUAAGAACAGCAGCAUUAAAAACACAGACUUUGGAGUAAUUCCAACUGGGUCCUAGGCCCAGGUCUGCCUCUUAUCGGCUGUGUGACCUUGAGCCAGUUUUAACCUCUUUAAGCCUCAGUUUCCUGGAGAUAAUAAUCACACCUUCUCAAAGGGAUGUCAUAGGGAUUCAACAAGAUGUAUGUGUAAAGUACUUCACAGUGUCUAGUCCAUGGCAGAGCUCAAAACAGCUAUCAUUGUUCUGCAGUAUUUGAUAAUCAUGCUUUGGAAUCCUGUGUUAGGUGGAAGAGUUUCUGCUCUUUAGACAACUGAAUUUACUAACAUAGGCAAAAAAUAAGUAUGAAUACUCCUGAAUUAUCCAGCAGAAUCAAGAGUCAUUGUGAAUAAAUAAAACAAGAUUAGGUGCUGACAAUUAUAGCCAUUUUUACAAGAAGCAGUCUAGCACGGUGGGUAAGGACGUGGACCUUAGAGCCACGCUACCCGAGUUCAAAUCCUUUUCUUUUUUUUUGAUUAGUCUUGCCCAGAAGUUUAUGAAUUUCAUUACUCUUUUUAAAGGAUCACGUUUUGUCUUUGUUGAUCUUUUCUAGGGUAUCUUUUCUUUAUCAUUAAUUUCUGUUCUUAUAAUUAUUUUCUUUGUUCUACUUUAAUUGAAUUUAUUCUGCUUUUUGUAACUUCUUAAGUUGAUUGUUUAGCUUACUUAUUUUCAUCUUUUCUCCUUCUCUAUGAUAAGCAUUUAUGCUUUAAAUUACCUCUAAAUACUGGCUUAGCUACAUCUCAGAAGUAUUAAUAAAAAAGUAUUUUCAUUAUUCUUCAACGUUAUUUUCUAAUUUCACUAUAAUUUCUUCUUUGACCUAUGGAUUAUAUAGAAGUAUUUUUCAAAAGUAUGUACUUUUUUUAACUUGGAGUUUUAUUAUUGGUUUUUAACUUAAUUGCCAUAUGUUAAGAAUAUGGUCUAUUUACCAAUUCUUUAGCUUAUGGUGAAGUUUUAAAAAACAUUCCAUUUGAGUUUGAAAGGAAUAAGCUGUUGUGAAAAGUGUUUUAUAAAAGCGUAAAACCUCUGAGGGAUCUCUUAUACAUAUCUGCCUGACUUACGCCAAAAGUCCAGUUUCAGUCCUAGAGGCAACGAAAGUUGGCCUGUGUACAACUCCUGGGCCUCAUUACACCACAAACCUUCUUGUAAAAAGUACAUUGCCUUGAGUUAUCACAUCUGACAGGAAAAGCUUGUGAAUGGGGAGCACGGGAUGUAAAAAGACCUCCAGAACUGAGGCCAGGCCUGCUUAUAAUUGUGCCUAAGUGUCUCCUCCCGAAUGCCUCUUUGUUGCUCAGAUGUGGCCCUCUCUCUCUAGCUAAGCCAACUUGGCAGAUGAAAUCACUGCCCUCCCCCCUACGUGGGAUU